AUGGCAUCUUUUGAGACCGAAAUUGCGAGUCUUGACCGAGUGUUGACGCGCCUUGCGCUCACGGAGGAAGCACAGCUCGAAAAGGUGUUGAGCAAGCUGCUGCCUGUGGUGAUAGACCAGCUGAAAUCGCCACACGAUCAGACACGCAAGAAGGUGCUGGAGCUUUUGUCACACGUCAACAAGCGUGUCAAGGGUCACAAUGAGAUCCUUCUGCCGCUGGAAGCGCUCUUGGCCCUCUACAAUGCACCAGCAUCAGGACCUCUCGUGCGGAACUUUGCGCUGGUGUACGUGGAGAUGGCCUUCGAGCGCGCAUCAGCAGAGGAACGCGGGGCGCUCGUGGGCGAGCUGCUGCGAGGCAUAUCGGGUCGUUCAGCGCAGCACCAAGAGAUGCUGCUCCGCAUGGCUGCCACCGGCCUCGCGCACUUGAGCAGUCCGCCACCUGCGCACAAGCUCGGCACCGAGCAGGAGUUCUCUGCCAGGUACCCUUUCUUGGCCUCUCCUGGAGACAGGCAGGCCUUCCUUGACUUUGCGCUGAAAGUGCUGUUGUACCAGCCACCAGUGGCCGCGCGAGUGGUGCCUUCUCAGCCAGCAGGACGGCCUCAGCGUGCUGCAGGCCCUAGUCUCGACUGGCUUCUGAACGAGUCCCCAGAUGUUGCCGAGAGGACGCUGACCAACAUGAAGCUUGGCAUCCUGAAUUUCACAACAGCGGCAGGCAUUGCUCCUGGAGAGGUGGUGAUCCAUUACCUGGUGGCCUCUGUGGAUCCCCAGGAUGCAGUCGCCAGGCGUGGCGAGGAGCUCUCAAGGAAGAGGUGUGCCACGGAUGGCAUGCGCCCUCCUGUGAACUUGGAGGACAAAAGUUUGCUCCAGCGCAUGUUCCUGCUGUUUCACGGUAGCAAGCCAAGCGCACAAGAAGCAAGCAGCGAGCGCCAAAUCAUGUCAGCAUCGCCAGCCGUGCGAGCGCGUCUUGUUGGACUCUUCUCCCGGAGCAUAGCAGCUGCCAGCAUCUUUCCAGACAACCUCCGGACGGUCUUUGCAUGCGUCUAUGACCCGACCGCACAGCGGCUCAGGCAGCCAGGCAUGGAGUUUGCGGUGUGGAUAUUUAAGCACGCCGAAGCCGCACCACUGCAGGCUGCUGCGCCGCCUCUCCUGCGGGGAUUAUUGCACCUUCUCGAUGAUGAGGAGCUGGCAGGCACGGAUGCGCCAUCUUCAGCGCUGCGGGGAUUUACAUAUCAGGCGAUUGGCCAGCUGGCGACGCGCGCACCGGCUCUCUUCCGCUCUGAUGCGGCUGUCGCCUCUCGCUUCUUCAGUGCACUCUCAACGGAGAAGGCUGGCGUCCGUGCCGCCCUGCAGGAGGCCAUUAGCGCUCUUGCGACAGCCCAUUGCGGCUGUUCUGGCGAGGCGGCGCAGCAGGUGGAGGCCCUGCUGCUGGACGCAGUGAAGGCAGAGGAGGAGGCGGCGCGGCUGUGCGCAGCGCAGUGGGCGCAGCGGUUGUUCCCGUUCGAUCACGUGCCUGCCCGCUAUGUGUGCGUGUUGGCGGCGGGAGACACCAAGCUGGAGGUCCGCGAAGCAGGCCUGGCCGGGCUCCAGGAACCCAAGGCGCAACCAGGUGAGGCAUCGCAGCAAAAUUCUGUGGUGACCUACCCUGAGCCAUCGGCUGUUGUGGAUUACUUCAGGGACCGCAUUCCCCGGAUGCGCUCAGCAGCAGAGUCAACAAAGCCACUAGCAAUGCCGCACAGGGCCUUCUUGGCAUUAAUCGACUUCCUGCGCCGUUGCCGCAAGUCAACCGGGUCCAAAAAUGAUGCGUCCUCGGUUGCUCUGCCAGAGGUGUACUUAGGCUUGUUGGAGCAUGCACUUGUGCGGGACAGCCCCUCAGAACUGCAUGCGGCAGCGCUUGAAGCCGUGCUGGAAGUCGCGGCUGCUGAUCCACCUGCCUUCGCUGGCCACUACCGGCACCGAGUCACCUGGCUGCAAGGUUUCCUUGGGCAUGUCGAUGCUGCAGUCAGGGAUUUGGCAGCCAGGCUGCUGGGCAUUGUUGCCAUGGCGUUGUCCAGGGACGCUGUGUUGACACUGCUGAGCUCUCUGCUCGUGCCCCUGGAGAAGACUGAGGGCAAGGCGGCCAAAUUUGAAGAGGUGGAAGGCGCGGUCAGCGCUUCUGGUUAUGUGCUUGCACAGUGCCUGACGGGUGUGCCAAUGGUGCCCGAGAAUGAGCUUCAGAAGGUGGCGGUGGCAAUCUUCGCCGUCAUGGUCGCCCCAAAAGCAGAUCAUGCAGCCACAGCCGCCUUAUCAAUGGGCCAUGCUGGUCUGCGAGUGCCUCUGCUUGCAAUGGCACCGCCAGCAGCCACAGCUGCUGGCUUUCUGUGCAAUGGUGAUUCCUCAAGCGACGUGCUCAGUGGCGUCCUGGAGGCUAUCAUCAAAACUUCCACCAUCAAGUCAGAGGCGCUGCACUUUGCAGUGGGUGAAGCACUCUGCUUCGCAUUUGGAGGCCUGAGUGUGAACGCAGACGCGGUCCUGUACACCAACUACCAGUCACUUGCGGAGAUAGAAAAGGCUGCAGAGGCCGAGAAAGCUGCAUCCUCCAGUGCUGCAGAACCUAUGCAGGUGGAUGGGCAGCAGGAAGCAAGUAGCGUGUCGCCCGAGCGGGGGCAAAUUCAGGAGCAGAUCCUGGAGCGCAUCCUGGGCCAGCUCAUUUAUGAUCCCACGGAGGGCGUGCGUGCUGCGGCGUGCGUGUGGCUGGUAUCACUGUGCCGCUUCACAGGGCGACAGCCGCGCCUGCUGGCGCGCCUGACCGACAUCCAGGAGGCCUUCUCCAGCCUGCUGGGCGACAGCAGCGAGAUUGCACAGGAGAUGGCCAGUCAGGGGUUAUCUGUCAUCUACCAGCUGGGGGACGCUGAGGCGCGUGAGAAACUGCUCAGCUCGCUGAUGGGCACCCUGCAAGGCGGGCCGAGGAAGCGGCGGGCGGUGAAGCUGACGGGGGAGAGCAAGGUGUUUGAGGAGGGGCAGCUGGGAGAGGCGCCGGGCGGCGGGUCGCUGGCCACGUACCGCGAGCUGUGCGCGCUGGCCACAGAGAUGGGGCAGCCUGACCUGCUCGUGCGCUUCAUGGACCUGGCCAACCAUGCCUCCGCCAUGGCCUCCACCCGCGGCGCAGCCUACGGGUUUGCAUCCAUUGCAAAGCUGGCGGGGGAGCAGCUGCAGCCAUACAUUGCAGUACUGGUGCCCAAGCUGUACCGUUAUCAAUAUGACCCCAAUCCUCGCGUGCGCGACGCAAUGACACAUAUCUGGCGCGCACUUGUCGACGACCCCAAACAGGCGCUGGAUUUGCACUUUGCAGCGGUGGUGCGCGAGCUGCUGAAGGACAUGGGCGGCCGCCUGUGGCGCAACCGUGAGGCCGCCUGCUCCGCCCUUGCCGACCUGCUGCAGGGGCGGAGGUGGCCGGAGGUGAAGGACCUGCUGGAGGAGAUGUGGGUGAUGGUGCUGCGAGCCAGCGACGACAUCAAGGACAGCGUGCGCACGGCUGCCGGGGGUGCGCUACGCACGCUGCGCUCCGUCACACUCCGCCUGGCCGACCCCGCUGCCACGUCGCCCGCCGACGCCGCCGCGGCCGUCGCACUCAUGCUCCCCUUCCUGCUGCAGACAGGUGUGGGGAGCUCAGUGAAGGAGGUGCAGGCGCUCAGCCUGAUUACCAUUGCCAAGAUGGUGGAGAAGGGGGGGGCGGAGCACAUCCGCCCACAGCUUGCCCGGCUCGUGCCCGCCAUGCUCGAGAGCUUGUCUGGCAUGGAGGAUACGCGGCUGAACUAUGUGGAGCAGCAUGCGGAGCGCAUUGGGCUGGACAGCGGGCGGCUGGAGAAUCUGCGCGUGGCCGCCUCCAAGAGCUCGCCCAUGAGCGACACGCUUGACCUGUGCGCACGCUACUCCGAUGCGGCUUCCCUGGAGGCGCUCGUUCCCGCCCUGUGCCAACUCCUCAAGCGUGGUGUCGGCGUCAACACUCGCGUCGGCUCCGCUCGCUUCGUUGCCUCCCUGGCCACGCGCAUGGGAUCUGACAUCCGGCCCCACACGGGCACCCUGCUUAAGGCGGUGCUUGGCGCUGCACGCAAUGAGCGCAGCACAGCUGUGAGGCGCAGCUAUGCACAAGCCGCGGCCACAAUCGUCAAGUACGCCGCGGAGACAAGGGCCGCCAAGUUUGUGGCUGAAGCCACUGCUCUGUACACCGAGCCGGGCGACCGUGAGGCCCGCCAGCUGGCCGGGCUCCUGCUGCGCGAGUUGGUGCGCGGUGCACCCGACACGUUUUCGGCGCACGCUGCGGCCGCGCUGCCGCUGGCAUUUGUGGCGUGCCAGGACGAGGACGCUGACGUGGCCGCCCUCUGGAAGGAGGUCUGGGAGGAGGGCACCGGCAGCGCUGCUGCAGCCGUGCGCCUGUACAUGCCAGAGAUUGUGCCUCUCAUCUGCGACGGUUUGGCGUCGCAGCAGUGGGGCCGCAAGAGUGGCUCUGCCAAGAGUGUUGCGUCACUGGUGGAGUUGGGCGGAGCAGGGACACUGACAGCUCAUGCAGCAAAACUCGGAGAUCAACUGAUGCAGGAACUGCCGGGACGGCUGUGGGAGGGCAAGGAGACUGUCUUAGAGGCGCUUGGGGCUCUGGUUGCUGCAGAACCUGCCGCCUUCCAAGCCCCCGAUGCCGUCAUUACUGCAUUGCUGGGUGCUGUGGACCGCAAGAAGGCUGCCUUCCAGACAGCAGCGCUUGCAGCGCUGCAGAAGGUGCUGGCAGCACUGCCAAGCGACCACCUCAGUCAGGUCGCCCCACCGCUCCUAGCAAUCGUGGAGCAGCACAAGGCCGCUGCCAGCACACCAAAACCGAAGGGAAAUGAUGGGGACGAGGAGGCUCCCGCGGCCAAGCCUGCGCCGCUGGCUGAUACUGUGCAGUGUCUGGUCGCUGCGUGGCAGCACUCCACACUCCCAUCCAUACUUGCGCAUGGUACCAGCGUUGCAGAUGCUGUUCUGCUUGCACUCUCACCAGAGCGGCCCUGGGCUCAGCGGGCAAUGGUGCUGCCUCUGGUAAGCGAUUAUGUGGCGCAGCUGAGCAGCGUCAGCAGACAGCAGCAAGUCAGUGAGGCAGGCAGUAUUAAAGCAGAGGUGCACAAUCUGCUUGUCUUCCUUCUGCCAGGGGUUCUUGAUUGCACAAAGGAGGCGCGAAUCUCACAGCUGAGGAUUGCAGCGCUGGACGCCCUCUCCUCAAUUGUGAAGGCCGCCUCGGAUGCUGGGGUUGACGCAUCAGUCAUACAAAAUCCAUCAGUGAACGUGUUAGAUGAACUUCUGAAGAAUGAAAAGAACGCAAUUGUGUUAGGGAAGGCCCAGAGCUUGCGCAGCGGACUUAACACCUCAAAGUGAUUCCUGUUCAACUGAAUUGAAUUCUUGUCGUUUUUGCAUGUCAGACUGUAUGGCACCUUGUCAGAUUGAUUUGACUUUAUAAUUAUAUUGCCCGGGUUCAGGGAAAUAGCAGUGUCACAAUUACAAUCAC